GGUCGCCCAGUAGCGCUGUCGGGCCUCCACGUGACCCUUCUGUACAUAUCUCUUCCGGUCUCUCUUCGUCUCAUUAAAAGGAAAAUGGCUCUCGGACGUUUGUCUCAGGCUUUGCUCAAGUCUUCUCUGACCCAGAGCCGGCGUCAGCUUUCUGCUACAGCUGAAGGACACGGCGAGCAGGCAGCAAGGACAUGGAAGAUCGUCACUUUUGUUGUCGCACUCCCGGGUGUUGCUGUGUGCAUGUUGAACAUGUACCUGAAAAUGCAGCAACAUGCCUUGCACCAUGAACAGCCUGAGUUCGUCCCUUAUUCCCACCUCCGCAUUCGCACCAAGCGUUUCCCCUGGGGAGAUGGCAGCAAAUCCCUUUUCCACAACACAGAGUUGAAUGCCCUUCCUAACGGCUAUGAGGGCAACGACGAGUAAACCCUCACUUCAGACCUCAUAACUCUCCCGGGGACCAUACAUCCCUCAGCGUUUGUUACUGGACCACACUUCCACUCUCAGUUUACUCUUCUUCUUUGGUUGUCUUUACCUCUGUGCUCUCAACAUGGGGCACCCGAACCAACAGUUAAUUUUACUCUGGACCAUUAAACAAAAUGUCAGACUGAUACUGAAUCAACAUUAAUAAAGUAACUAUUAUUACCUCAA